AUGUUAGCCAUGGACUGGCCAGCAGCGCCCAAGAAGCUCUCGAUAUUCCGACGCUUCUCGCGUCGCCCAAGCCCCGAGCCCAUCACCAAUGACACCGUCUACAACACUGCUGUCCGCCCGCCAUCGCGGCUCCGUGAAACUGCCUCGCAACCAAUCGAAGAAGAAUUCUCCCAGUCGCCUCCUCUGAGCCCAGCCUGGUCCAAACAUGACAGCGUAAUCGACAUUCCACGCAGUCCGUCCCCGCACCUUACAAAGGACAAGAAACACCGCAAGGGUCAGACGAUCACAUACACCCAACGCGUCGACAUUCCACAAGUCGUCCGCGAACGCGUUUCCCGUGGGUCAAGUAGCUCGUCGUCCAACUCCGCGCGCGUGCAAGGAUCCGCCAUCCCCACGAAGCCGUUUCCCGCCGGCCCGCAAGCGCGCAUCCGCGUCACGACAUGGGAUGUCUUCUUGCUGCCGGCACAGGUGCACGCUUUGUAUUGUGGCUACCAACCGUGCCUGAUGAGCGACAAGUGGUUUAUCUACAGCGAGGGCCCAGAUACUAUGGGCAAGCUGAAGGUGCAUUUCCACCGCAGCUUGACAGGGACCAAAGUGGCUGAACUGUUCCUUGUCAUGGAUGUCAAGGGUGAGGGCGCUGGCAAGAUUGUAGGGAUUAAGUGGAAUGGCGGUGAAGAUGUUGGUGGGCGGACGAAUGGCGACGAGGCGCGGUAUCUUGUGCGAGCGAUCGUGCAGUCUGUCUUCGGAUUCGACUUGGAAGAUUGA